AUGGCUAACGAAUUGAGGCCCUGCCCGUGUGACAUUGGAGACAGGUUUGACUAUGGCGGCCGUGGGCAGGAAGUACAAAUUGAGCACAUCGGGGCUUAUGUUUCCAAACCCUCUGCCAGCACAGACAAAGCUGUGAUCGUGAUUCAUGAUAUAUUUGGAUGGCAACUCCCAAACACGAGAUACAUGGCUGAUAUGCUAACAGCCAAUGGAUACAUAGCCAUCUGCCCGGAUUUUUUUGUGGGACAAGAAGGGUGGAAACCUUCAAAUGACUGGGCUUCUUUCGAUGAUUGGCUGAAAACUCGACAGGCCAGCAAAAUAGACAAAGAAGUUGAUGUUGUCCUGAAGUAUCUAAAGGAGCAAUGUGGCGCGAAGGAGAUUGGUGCCAUUGGGUUCUGCUGGGGUGGAGCAGCAGUACAACAUCUGAUGCUGAAAAAUCCUCAUUUAAAGACGGGGGUGUCCCUCUAUGGAGUGAUCAGGUUCUUUGAUGACGGAUCCAAUUUGCUUCACCCCACCUUCUUCAUUUUUGCUGAAAAUGAUAAUUUCAUCCCACUAGAGCAAGUCACCGAUCUGGAGCAGAAGCUUAAACAAAACUGUAAAGUUGAUUAUGAAGUUAAAAUUUACCCUGGACAGACUCAUGGUUUUGUACACCGUAAAAGAGAAAAUAUCAAUCCUCAGGAUAAACCUUAUAUUGAGGAAGGAAGAAAGGAUAUGAUCAACUGGCUGAAUAAAUACAUGUAG